CAUCAGGAACUGAAUGGAGACACAAUUCAGACCAAACCAACAGCGGCGGUAACACGUUGAAAUCACAACAUGCCGAAGAAAUACGCCUACCCUCCCGAAACACUGCAGAUUCUUGAAUCUCUCUGGACACAGGGAAUGCAGAAUUGCAGCACAGAUGAGAACAAACUGAAAAUCCAGCAGGCAUCUGUGGCAACAGGCCUUGUGGAUGAGAGAAUAAAGAGUUGGAUUUACUCCAGGAACCGAAAGAAGAAGAGGGAUGAUGAAGGGCAGUCAAAGGCAAAAAAGUCAUGCUCUACUGCAUCAAAUGCAAGAAUUUCUACUGAAGCAUCUCAGGAUCAGCCCUCUGUUGGUACAUGCCCUUCCUCUCAAGAACAUACUUCAGAGUAUCUUGGUGGGGAGAAGUGCCUGAACUGGACAGCCUAUCCACAGGGGUUCCUCGAAGAUGUCACACAAAAUCAAGAUAGGACUGAGGAGGCUGACUCUGAGUGCAGCAGGCAGGGACAGGAAGGUCCGAGCCAGGACUCAUCAUCGUCUGAUGAAUAUGUGAACAGAACCACGGAAACAGAUCCGUCUGUCCAGGACUCAGACAAAGACAGUCAACAAGGAGCAGCUGCUAGCCUCAUACAAGUUGUUGAGGGAAAAGUUCAGGAGCUGCAUGCGUGUAACUGUGAUGUCAUUGUCCUGGUUUACAACCACAGCAGCAGAUGUCUUUCCACAACUGGGACACUGAAGGGACUGGACUUUCUAAGUUCUCAGAAUCCAGGCAUUGAUUUGCAGUUUGCAGCAGCCGUAUCAGUCUCUUCGUGUGACUACGCUUUGACCUGAAUCACAUGAUGACCUGGGUGACAACUCAGCUCUGAACUCGAUGAAGUAUCCAUGUGACCUCUGAACUCUUCAGAACAUCAGACUGCUGUCCUGAACUUCUGGCAUGUUUCUGCUUUCUGAAACCUAAUGUGAAAUGUGCAACACCAGGACAUUGUUUUAAUCUACUGUAAAAGAAAAAAAAAACACAAAUCAUCUUAUUCUGUAUGUAAAGAUGCACUUUGAUGAUGUAGCCACAGAGCGGUGAAGCUUUAUGAUGCAGUUAACUAACGGUGGACGCAAAGAAGGUAAAGUACUAAUAUAUUUUGCAGAACAGCUGGCUCCUAAAAGGAUUUUCAUCUGCAUUUUAAUGUCCAACUUGCUUUUUUUAGAGCAUUUCAGAGUAUUGUGAUAUUAUUUUAGCAGUCUAUAUUUUAGGCUGAAAAUAAACAUUAACAUGAUUUCUUA